CUCUGUAGAGAUAAAUAGAUAUAAACUUUUAUAAAUAAAAUCUUUUAAUUAAGUUAUUAUUUUUUUAUUAGUUUCUGUGCAUUCAAUUCAAGUGCAUUCAGUGCUAGACAAGUGUUGGUCUUUUAAUUUAGUAGUGAAUAUCAAUAGCAAUGUCUACACAACCAGUGGAUCCGGCGUUUAGACUAAUUCCGCAAAAUUCAACAUUUUUCUACAUUUGGAGGAUUGAAAAACUUCAAGUAAUAGCGGUUCCAAAGGAGAGUUACGGCCAGUUCUACAGCGGGGACUCAUAUAUAGUUAUCUGUGCUACCGAUGGCAAGGAAAGGGCUGACUCUCAGCUUGUGCCCAAAGAGGUGCGGACAGGGCUCGACAUUCACAUACACUUCUGGUUGGGCUCAGAAACAUCUCAAGACGAGGCCGGAAUCGCGGCAUAUAAGUCGGUAGAGUUAGAUGACAAUCUCGGUGGGACACCAGUUCAGCACAGGGAGACUCAAGGUCACGAAUCGCAGAGAUUUUUAUCGUACUUCAGGAAUGGGAUGAGUUGGAGUCAACUGAACGACGGCGAUGUCUUCAUUCUGGACGCCUGUAGUCACGUAUUCGUAUGGACGGGUAGUUUCGCCAAUAACAUGGAGAAGAUUCAGGCCAUACAAGUGGCCCAACAGCUCAAGUCAGAGCACGCGCCCGAGUGUCAGGCCGUUGUGGUCGUGGAGGACAACAACGAGAGCUCGGAGUUAAGCCACGCCGAGAGGGAAGCCUUCGAGAAAUACUUGCCGUUGAGCGCGAAGAGUGUCUUAAGUCAUACGGAAGUGCCAAACGACUCGCGCAUCGAAAUGAAUCAGAGAACUGAAGUGAUUCUCUACCGGUGCACAGAUGAGGACCAGAGUCUUAAGGUGUCUAAAGUCAAAACAGGACCUCUCGAGCAGAAGGAUCUCAACUCAAACGACUCAUUUAUUGUGGACAACAAUUUGGGCGGAAUAUGGGUUUGGGUGGGAAAGAAGGCGUCCGCCAAAGAGCGCACCGAAUCCAUGCGUAACGCCCAGGGAUUCAUCACGAAGAAGGGUUACCCCCAACACACACGUGUCACGCGAGUGAUUGACGGCGGAGAGCCCAUUGAAUUCAAAAAUCUGUUCAAAUCGUGGAAAGACGCGAACUUAGCGAACGGCUUCGGGAACGCCUAUCACGUGGGAAAGAUCGCCAAAAUUAUUCCCCAGACGUUUGAUCCGUCGGUUCUGCACGAGAACCACGGGAUGGCCGCCGAGACUCAGAUGGUUGACGGCGGCAAUGGCCACAAACAAGUCUAUCGCGUCAAAGACUUUGAUUUAGUAGAGGUUCCCGAAGAAGAUUUCGGAAAAUUUCAUUCCGGCGACUGUUAUAUAGUGGUCUAUACAUACGGCGCUCAGAAUGUCAUCCUUUACUACUGGUUGGGAUCGAAAUCAUCUGUUGAUGAACGCGGAACGGCUGCCAUGAAGACCGUGGACUUAGAUAAUAAUAAGUUUGCGGGACAUGCGGUUCAGGUGCGCGUGGUUGAGGGCAAAGAGCCGGCACAUUUUAUGGCUAUAUUUGGCGGUAAAAUGGUUAUACUUAUGGGUGGAUUCGGCAGUGGUUUCAACAAUAAUCAGUCAAAUGAGGAAUCGCUGAAAAACACGAGUCUUUUGCAAGUGAGGGGAACCAAUCAAUACAGUACUAAAGCGGUUGAAGUACAUCCCAGUGCCUCAUCUCUCAAUUCAAACGAUGUCUUCGUUUUGUUGACUCACGAGAUCGCUUAUGUGUGGGCAGGAAAGGGAAGUUUAGGAGACGAGCGAGAAAUGGCUAAAGAGAUCGCCGAACACCAGGGAAAGGGAGUUCUGUUGGUGUCUGAAGGGCAGGAAAAGGAUGACUUCUGGGAUGCGAUUGGAGGCAAACAAGAAUAUUCUAACGAUAAGAGACUACAACUCAGUGACGACCCCCACUCGCCCCGUCUCUUCCAAUGCAGUAAUGCUAACGGAUUGUUCACUAUUGAGGAGAUCCCUCACUUCGAUCAGUCGGACCUCAUUCAAGACGAUGUCAUGCUUUUGGACGCUUGGGACGCACUGUUCUUAUGGAUCGGAGACCUGUCCAACAGAGAGGAGAGAAAGUUGGCUCAGGAGGCGGCCCAACAGUAUCUCACGACAGACCCCAGCGGCCGAGACAUCGAUACACCCAUUAUUGUGAUUAAGCAAGGACACGAGCCCAUUAACUUUACCGGAUUUUUCGGGGUGUGGGAUAUAACUAUGUGGAAUAAGAAUAAGAGUUACGAAGAAAUAAAGAGUGCAUUAAAGGACGGCAAAUCGGAAAGUGUCAAGAUCAUUAAAGCGAGCGCUAUGAACAAUGGACACUCCGGGGACUUUGGAUCAGUGAACAAGUAUCCCGUCGAUCAGUUGAGGGUAAAAGACGCCAAUCAGUUGCCGGAAGAUGUGGAGCCGACCCGAAAAGAAGUGAUUUAUUAUAGAUUCAAUGAAAAUGCUAGUUAUUAA